AUGAUGGACUAUGCGGAAUUGGCCAAACUGACAGGCAGGAUCCGGAAUCAAGACAACCAAAAGUUUCAAAGAGAUUGGAACUGUGAGAUGCAGAAAGCAAAAUGCUCAUUAACUUUGGAGAGGAGUCAGAUAGACCCAUUCAACUAUUACAGGCCAGGAGACCACCUCAUUAGUGGGAUCAUCUCUCCCACAAAAGCCAUAUUUCAUGAACCAACCUUCAACAGGACUCCCUCUUCCAGCUUUAAAUGGAAAGGGAGCACAAAGUACUGGGAGUUGCUCUCCUUCUUGCUUGCCAUUCAAGAGUUCAGCCAGAAUGCCAGGCUCUCCUUCAACAUCACCCUGGGCUACAGCAUCCAUGAGAACUUUUUUGAUGGAAGGGUGACCUAUGACGCUUUGCUAGACCUGCUGUCUACUGGGAAGGCAAAUAUUCCAAACUACAAAUGUGGAAGACGGAAUGAUUUACUGACUGUUCUGGAAAUGGCUGACUCUCAAAACUCCAUCUUGCUUUCAGGCACAUUGGGCAUCUAUAAAAUCCCACAGGUCAGCUAUGCUUUUGUCUCUCAUGGUGUGAAUGACAAGAGCCAGUUUCCUUUUUUCUACCGGAUGGUCCCCAAAGAAGAAGCUCUGUAUCCAGGGAUUGUCAAGCUGCUCCAUCACUUCAGAUGGACUUUUAUUGGCCUCCUUGUGCCAGAAACUGACAACGGAGAGAGGUUCAAGAAGACCUUGAUGCCUGUUCUCAUUGAAAGGGGGAUUUGUGUUGCCAUCCUACAAAAUAUCCCACUGGGGAAUAAGAAUGGUGCAGUGAUCAAUUAUCUUUCCUUCUUCAAGUGGAGACAAGUCCAUGUAUUUGUUUACUACGUGGACACGAAUUAUAUCUUAAUUGGAAUACAAAUGAUACAAUUUGUAUUUGGUAUGUUAAUAAAACCUCUUGCAGGGAAAGUCUUGAUCACAACAGCUAUGGGGGAACUCACUUUGGACUUAAUGCACAGUAGCAUAUCUUUCCAACAUAUCCAUGGUUUUCUUUCCUUCCCUAUUAUGAUAAAGGAAUGGAGAAACUAUGAUAUUCUCCCUCACCUUUUCCCUGUUAUGAAAAAGAUUGUGGAGACAGAUUAUAAUUGUUUCUAUUUAAGGCAUGCACCAUCUGUGAGAGGCUGGACCAGAUGCAGAGAGAGAGAGAAACUGGAGAUGCUGCCACAAGAUGUUCUGCAAAGAAUCCUCUCUCUAGACAGCGGCAAGAUUUACAAUACUGUCCAAACUGUGGCACAUGCCAUAAAUGCUGCGUAUUCUCAGCAGAGGGCGAUGAAGCUGGAAGCUCAAAGGCUACAGCCAUGGCAGCUCCACCCUUUCCUGGGAAACUCCCAGUUCUACAAUUCUUCCAUGGACAGAGUGUACUUGGAUGAGAAUGGAGAGUUGGCAGCUGACCUGGACAUUGUGAACUGGAUGAAGUCUACCAAUAAGUCCAUUUCUAAACUGAAGCUUGGGAGUAUCAGCAGACAGGGAUCCUCAGAUGUACAGUUCACCAUCGAUCAGAACGCCAUUGCAUGGUUCAAUUGGAACAAUAAGCCCCUGCCGCCUUCCAGGUGUGUGGAAAGAUGUCACCCUGGGUUCCUCAGGAUGGUUCAGGAAGGAAAGCCACUUUGCUGCUAUGACUGCAUUCCCUGCCCAGAAGGGGCCAUCUCCACUCAGGAAGAUGCAGAGCGUUGUGUCAAAUGUCCAAACGAUCAACAUCCAAACAAGGCCCGAGAUCAAUGUGUCCACAAGAUUAUCACCUUCUUGACUUAUGAAGAAAACGUGGGGAUUGUCCUAUCUUCCUUUGCCCUCUUCUUGUCCUUAACCAUAGGCUUUGUGUUAGGGAUCUUCAUAAAAUACCAGGAAACUCCCAUAGUCAAAGCCAACAACCGGGACCUUUCCUACACCCUCCUUCUCUCACUCCUGCUUUCCUUUUUGUCCUCCUUUCUCUUCAUUGGCCGGCCAAAGAAAGCCACCUGCCUUCUCCAGCAAUCUGCCUUCAGCAUCAUCUUCUCAGUUGCCGUCUCUUCUGUGUUGGCCAAAACCAUCACUGUGGUGCUGGCCUUUCUGGCCACCAAGCCAGGGAACAAGGUGAGGAGAUGGCUGGGGAAGAGUCUGGCCAACUCCAUUGUCCUUUCCUGUUCCAGUGUCCAAGUGAUCAUUUGCGCUAUCUGGUUGGGAACCUCUCCCCCAUUCCCAGACUCUGACAUGAGCUCCCAACCUGGGCAGAUCAUCCUGCAAUGUAAUGAAGGGUCUGCUGCCAUGUUUUAUGGUUCCCUUGGCUAUAUGGGCUUCCUGUCUGCCAUCUGCUUCACGGUGGCUUUCCUAGCCAGGAAGCUUCCUGGAGCCUUCAAUGAGGCUAAGGUGAUCACCUUCAGUAUGCUGGUCUUCUGCAGUGUUUGGGUAUCCUUUGUUCCCACCUACCUGAGCACCAAGGGGAAGUACAUGGUAGCUGUGCAGGUCUUCUCUAUGUUGGCCUCCAGUGCUGGGCUUCUGGGAUGCAUCUUCAUGCCAAAAUGUUAUAUUAUUGUAUUGAGGCCUGAUCUGAAUACAAAAGAUUACCUGACAAGAACAUCUAAAACUGGUACCUGA